CGUCAGAGGACACGCAAGUAUGUCAGUCACCUCGCCAACGCCGACCUCUAUGUAAUCACAUUUCCAAUACUGUAUAGACGGGAGCCCAUCAAAGAUCCACAGGCGACGCAUCAUGACGAUGCAACGCAAACUUCUUCUGUAAUGUUCUGCGGCUUCUACGGUGAUGCACAUAAAGCACCCGUCUGAUUUGAAUGGAGUCAGCUUGGAAUUCAUUCGUCGAACCGAUCUGACCUAUUCUUGUGCCGGAUACCACUACUUCUCCGCGUGCCAUAACCUCCUCCUUACACUGGCAUGGCCGACUCUGACUAUUCGCUGAGGAAUCAAGAUAGCAGUGGUACACUGGCAGAGGGUAAAGACUCAGAAAUUAAAGUCGUAGAGUCUUCGGACUCGCAGAGCAACCACUUUGACCAUGGGGUCCGUGCAUGGGGAACUGUCGUAGGAUCAUGGCUGGUGCAGUUUUGCAUCAUUGGUAUCCCUCUAUCGUUUGGCGUCACGGAAAGCUUCUAUGCCAGAGAGUAUCUCGCGGCGUAUACCCCGUCUCAGAUUAACUGGAUAGGAUCACUACAGUUUUGUCUCAUGUACCUCCUAGGCUUAGCGGUUGCAGGACUAUUCGAUGCUGGGCAUUUUCACCUCAUAUCCAUCGCCGGGUCUGUUCUAUUCCUUUUCAGCUUUUUCAUGUUAUCGCUGGCCAGAGAAGGGCAGUACUAUCAAGUAUUUCUAUCGCAAGGACUCGGGAUGGGGAUUGCGACAGGCAUUAUGUACACGCCGACCUCUUCUGUGGUUGCUCACCACUUUAGAAAACGAAGGAGUAUGGCCAUGGGAAUUAUCACGACCGGUAGCGCCAUCGGAGGCUUCUUUUUCUCUUCAAUAUUGGGCCACUUUUUGGAUGGAUCCAUUGGAUUUGCAUGGGGCAUCCGAAUUGCAGCGUUCGUGUGUCUGGGAUGCCUAUGCACCGCAAAUCUGUUGAUGCGAACAAACUAUCCUCGGAGUCAAACCGCUCGGCCAGCCCUGUCGACGCCCUUGGCGACACUCCUCAGAACACCCGCCUACAUAUUCAUGAUCCUUUAUGGUUUUGUGAUUUCUCUCGCCCUGUAUAACCCUAUGUUUUCAGUGGAACUGUUUGCUCAGGAGCAUAACAAUAUACCGAGUACCCUGACGAGCUACCUGGUGGCUAUUAUCAAUCUCAGCAGUACACUAGGACGAACUAUCCCAAAUUGGCUGGCUGACCGCUAUGGUGUAUUUCCUGUGUACAUUCCCUGCGUUGCCACUGCCGGUGUCCUGGCGCUAGUUAUGAUGGUCUGCACAACGGCAGCAUCGAUUACCGUCUUUUGUAUCCUGUAUGGUUUUUUUUCGGGCGCUUGCGUAUCGCUCUUCUUCCCUGCCGUACUAUCUCUCGAUCCGGACCUGACCCGUUCUGGCCUUCGACUUGGUCUCGCAUCCGUCCCCGUCGGUAUUGCUUCCCUUGUGGGCACACCGAUUGCAGCGGCAGUUGUAGGCGAAAACCAUAAAUGGUGGGCUGGGAGCGUCUUCACUGGGGUAACGCAAUUUGUUCCGUCAACUCUCAACGACUCGGAGGCAUUAAUUCUUUUUCAUUUGUAGGUCUUGGAACUCGCGUCGGCGGGACUGUUAUUGGCGGUAUAUAUUACAAAACCACAGUUUUCCGUUCCAGCUUGAAUUUGACAAGGUUCUAUGUCGCCUAGUACUAUACCCUUUGAAUACAUAGAUCAAUUGCCCUCAGGAUACCAGAGACAACGAAGUGGGCCGCUGCAGGGAGGAAUCCGAAGUCCACGUGCUAUGCAAUCCUUAUUCAUAGGGAUUCUGCAUGAAGAAUCGUUUUUUUCAGGUGCUUCGCUUCAAGUUUCUACUUAGCAUCCCAUAGUAGUGUCCUGUACCUCAGUACCUGGACUAUGUACAGGCAUAUAGCAUCUCUUUAGUGCGCUUCGUUACAAAUCCUG